UCUGUGAAAACCUGUCCAAGUGAACAGAGUUGUAUUUUAGAAGCGGGAUCCCUUUGUGGAGAUCUUUACCUAUAACACUGGAGUGAAGCAACAGGUGGUGGUGGCAACAGAGCCAAAGGACUUCUCAGAAUGAAUGUGUCUUGCAGCAUCCUCUUUCUUGGUUGGUGGCUGCUUGGGCUGUGUCAGAUGUCUAGAGGAGAAUUAUAUCCCAAACCUUACAUCUCUAUCCACCCCAGAGGGAUGGUUGCUUUGGGCAGAAAUGUCAGCAUCCGCUGCUGGACAAAAAGCGAAAAGCAUGUUGAGUACUAUCUUACAAAAGAAGUAAAGAGAUCUGCAACUACUCCAUCAGCCAAAGUAGCAGACCCAUGUCACGUGGUAUUUCCAAUUGUCAAUGCCAGGAUUUCAGAUGGAGGGAGUUACUGGUGUUUAUAUCAUAACAAGUCAAGCGACACUGAGUGGUCACCUCAAAGUGAUAUUGUAUACAUCAACCUAACCGAUCCCAUCCUGCCCAAACCUUCCAUCGAAAUGAUACCUAUAAAUGCGAUUGCUCCAGGGCUGAAUGUCACCGUACGGUGCCGAGGGCCAGAAAAUGGUCUAACGUUUGCCCUUUAUAAAGCAAAUAUGCAGGUGGCAUUUCAGACCACAAAACUUGAGACAGACACAGCUGAGUUUCCUUUCGUCAUGCUCACACUGGAGGAUGCAGGAAACUACACCUGCCAAUACCACCAGAGAGGAAGUCCAUUUGUCUGGUCAGAGCCAAGUCAGCCUGUGGAGCUGGUCUUCAGAGGUAGUGUCAUGGCAACCUUACCAGCCAGUAUAGCUUCAGGCAUCGUUCUCUUGGCUCUCCUCUUGUUAUUACUUGCCUAUCUACUGCAGAAAAGAAAGAGGAAAGGCACCAUCACAAAGAAAGAAAAUCAACCAAUGGAAAAGGCCUUGGAACCUGAUGGUGAAGAAAUGCCUGAUGAAGUUACCAAUGCGACAUUGAACCAUCAGUCACAGAAAAUCAAACUCAAUGAUGCUGAAAUCAUUUAACAUCUGGCUUCAGGGGGUGUAGUCAAAAGCUUCUGGGAUCCUGCCCAUUCUCCAGAAAAUAUAGAACAACUCUGUAAGGGGACUAAUGGGGGUAGAAAUGAUCAGCUUAGCAUAGGUCUUCUGUCGGGAGUGCUUUGAUUAUGCUUUUCCUGCAUGGCAGGGGUUGGAUUAGAUGGCCCAUGUGGUCUCUUCCAACUCUAUGAUUCCAGGUAAGCAAGUGGAUAUUUGCACCAUUUUGGAUUGUAGCCAAUAUUUGGAAUCUUCUUCUAAACUUCAGCAACACUGUGUUUAAAUGAAAAUUGGCUUUUUUUCUGGCCGAUCUCCUCCUUGAACUUCUAGCCUGGUGAAUAUGGAGAACUCAAAAAUUUGCUCACUGUGUUUAGUGACAGUUGUGUUAAUCCAAUAAAGCUGUUGUUUUCUUACACUUUUGAGUCUCUAGCUACUGUGUUUGAUAAGGUGGAUCGUUAAUGCUUAUUGGAAGUAUGUAUGAACAAUAUAUUCUAUUUUUUUGAUUAAGGAGGUUAGUACCACAAAAUGCAAUCAUUUAUGAUGGAAACCAUCUUCUCCCUCUCAAAUGAUCAAUAACUGACACUGGCAUCAGCUUAACAGCUGUGGUUUGGAAAUUGGCAAUUUAUGGAUUAGCUUCCUUAUAAAAUAAUAGAAGUGGAAUUGAAAUUAUCAUUUUUUACAUUAUCUUUCAACUGUGGAAAUUAAUAGUAAUUUGAAGGUAGUGGAAACAUCAUUAUAUUACAUCCCAAUUUACAGGAGAACAAAACUCAUUCAUUCACAUCAGCUAAUGUCCAGAUGAUACUUUGUUAAGGAUAAUUAACACAACAGACUCAGGGAAGUAUACUUAAUUAACACAUUUUGAAUCCUGAUCUGGGUUUUUUUGCAUGCAGUCAUUUUUUGUUACUGUAUAUACUUGUAUAGCCAGAAAUCAGAAGACGUUUACUUCUUGGAAGGAGAGCAAUGUCCAAUCUCGAUAAAAUAGUGAAGAGUAGAGACAUCACACUGGCAACCAAGAUCCAUAUAGUUAAAGCAAUGGUAUUCCCCGUAGCAACCUAUGGAUGUGAGAGUUGGACUAUAAGGAAGGCUGAGUACAGGCAGAUAGAUGCUUUUGAACUGCGGUGUUGGAGGAAAAUUCUGAGAGUGCCUUGGACCGCAAGAAGAUCAAACUAGUUCACACUCCAGGAAAUAAAUCCCAACUACUCAUUGGAGGGAAGUAUAUUAGAGGCAAAGAUGAAGUACUUUGGCCACAUAAUGAGAAGACAGGAAAGCUUGGAGAAGAUAAUGUUGCUGGGGAAAAUGGAAGGAAAACAGAAGAGGGGCCGACCAAGGGCAAGAUGGAUGGAUGUUAUCCUUGAAGCAACUGGCUUGGCCUUGAAGGAGUUGAGGAUGGCAAUGGCCAACAGGGAGCUCUGGCGUGGCCUGGUCCAUGAGGUCACAAGAGUCAGAAGCGACUGAAUGAAUAAACAAAAACAACAAUACUUGUGUAUAUACGCCAGCCUCAUAUAUAGGUUGUUGACAGGUUUAGGGCUGAAACUAUGGCUUUUGAUAUGAGUAGGUUGAGGGUAAUUCUGCAGAGAAAGGAAAGUGCUAGUGCCACUUCUGGGGAUCAAUCGCCCAAAGGAGCUGUCACCAGGCUUUGAAAAAGGCUGGAAGAAAUGCUGCAGCAGAGAAAGUAGAGAAGGUUGGAGAUUGUUUUAAGUUCUGGGGUGGGCUAACCGCUUGCUUUUUCCAUUUUGCUGGGAAGGGUGGUGCGGCUGGGUAGAGAACAGCAACAGGACUUUCUUUCCAUAUUACUUUUGAGCUAUAUGCCUGUUAAACCCUGGCUUCACACAUCUAAACUUACCUAAGCCUAUACAUGGUAGGGUAAAGAAAAAGGUUUUCCCCUGAUAUUAAGUCUAGUUGAGGGUUAGUGCUCUGGGGGUUGGUGCUCAUCUCCAUUUCUAUGCUGAAGUGCCGGUGUUGUCCGUAGACACCUUGUGCAGGUACAGCUGUACCAGGAGCUCCAAUUUUGUUUGCUUUGCAUUUAAUGUUUGUUGCAGUCCUAAGUUUCAGGGACUCUGCAGAUAGGUGGCUUCUUUUGGCUGCAAUCAUAGGGGAAGCCACCUGUCAAUUAUAGUUAGAUUCCCUGGUCCCGCCCCCUUUUUGGGUUUUGGAGGGAAUAGGAGCCAGUUUGGGUUCAGUCCACACAGAGAAGCCUUUCAUGCAGGACAUAAU